AUGAUCUGCAGGGCACCGUCAAAAUGCGGGCAAGGCGUCGCAAAGACGUUUUCGAGCUCGGCAAAACCAGUCAGGACUGAGCCAGGGCAUCCGGCCUGGCUGCAGCAGAUACUAAGGGAUACGGCACCGCCCCCGAAGCUUUAUGCCUGGACCUCCGCCAAUCUCAAGGACGCAGCCGAUGAGCAGCAGAACAGUGAUCUAGCUAUUUCACCCAAGAAACGAAUUCAUGUGCUCGGACUGGGCAACCUAGGCCGUCUUUUUGCUAGCAACUUACGCAAACUGAGCAGCCCGCCGCCGGUCACGUUGAUCCUUCAUCGUAAAGCUCUUUUGGAACAGUGGGUUUCAUCUCCAGGUAUCGAAAUCACUCGUGCUGGACAAGUCGAGAAAUUCACAGAUUUCAAUGUCGAAUGGUGGACAGAAGAACGGCCGUCAACAGGGCCAGUCGUCGAGGCCACCGCCGGUACUGGUAUAUCAAACCUCAUUGUUGCCACAAAAGCCUCGGACGCUCUGCCUCAAGUCGACAGGUUGCGCAAAUACUUGGACGACACCUCGACCAUUGCCUUCACGCAGAAUGGCAUGUGUAAACUUUGGCCGCCACUUGGGAGCACCUACAACAGCCAUCGCUUUUCAGACCAGAAGCAACCCAACUGGCUUGCCUGUGUGACGACUCACGGAGUGGUGUCUUCAGCACCAUUCAAAAGUAUACAUGCUUCCGUGGCUUCAGCAGCAAUAGGUCCGGUAUCUCUGAACACUCGUUCUGCUGACGAGUCGGGCUACCUGAUUGAAGCAUUCGUCAAUGGUCCCGACCUAUAUGCCAGGGAAGCUGCUAGAUCCGAGCUAUGGAUAUUGCAGCUUGAAAAGCUUGUUGUUAACGCAGUCAUCAACCCCUUGACCGCUGUCCUUAGGUGCAAGAACGGCGAGCUGUUCGUGCCUAGAGAUGAUGCUUUGCCUCUGAUCAUCGACAAACUCAUCGAAGAAGCCAGUCAAGUUCUCAGAGAGCUGAUUAUACACCCAUCCAGUACUGAUAUUCUUAAAGACGUUGCUGCGCAUUCCAAACGAAGCAAGGAUCGCUCGACGGAUGUAUCUCUUCAGGAUGCAAAAGAGCAGCUUCUUGCUCGCUUUGCUUUCGAGAAGCUUCAUCACAUGGUCCAUGAGGUCGGCUACAAAGUCCGGGAGAAUACCAGUUCAAUGCUGCAAGAUGUUCGUGCAGGAAAACGUACAGAAGUGCAAGACUUCAACGGCUGGCUCGUGGACACCGCGCAGUUUCUGAGUCCUGAUAGCCAAUUGCCGACUCAUAUGAGACUGAUCUCUCUGGUUGAGGAUGGACUUACAGUUUCGAGAAGCGAGUUAAGCGAAAACUUCAACCUCUCUCGAAAGGCAUAA